AUGAAAUUACGAAUAGCCUCCGCAUGGCACACCCUCGCCGUUUUGCUUCUGCUGGGCGGAGCAGCGCAGGCUUCUUUGGGCGACAGAUUGCCCGACUUCAAGGACUGUGUACAGGUUUGUAAAGAAGCCAAUUGCGGCCCAGAUGGUCCGUCGAUACCCUUCCACCGCCGUCUCCUUCUCUGGGACUGUCCCUCCGAAUGCGAUUACACAUGCCAACACAUUGUAACUGCCCAACGCCUCGCCCGCGACCCUCCAUACAUGCAGCCCAUCUACCAAUUCCACGGCAAAUGGCCUUUUUACCGCUUCAUGGGCAUGCAAGAGCCAUUCAGCGUCAUCUUCUCCCUCUUCAACUACCUUGCGCAUGACUGGGGCAUGUCGCAGCUCCGCGACAAAAUCCCCGCUUCGUACCCGCUGCGAAAAUACUACCUGUGGUUUGGAUACGUGGGCCUGGCAAGCUGGACGUUCAGCAUGAUCUUCCACACGAGGGAUUUUGGCGUUACGGAAAAGUUGGAUUACUUCGCUGCUGGCGCGAACGUGCUGUAUGGGCUGUAUUACGCGCCCAUCAGGGUCUUCAGACUCGAUAGGAAGGAGCCGAGGAAACAGAGCUUGCUGAGGCUUUGGACGGGAGUUUGCAUUACCUUGUAUACGCUACAUGUCCUGUACCUCUCGCUCUGGUCUUGGGAUUAUACGUACAACAUGGCUGCCAAUGUUGCUGUUGGCGUCGUAGCCAACUUGCUCUGGAGUGGCUUCAGUUACCUCCAGUACCAGAAGAUUGGGAGGGCAUGGGCUGUCUGGCCUGGUCUGUGUGUCGCCUGGAUUAUCUUGGCUAUGAGUCUGGAGUUGUUGGAUUUCCCGCCUUGGAAGGGCAUGAUUGAUGCGCAUAGCCUGUGGCAUUUGGGUACGGUUCUGCCGACUAUUUUGUGGUACAACUUCCUCGUCAGAGACGCCCAGGAAGAUAUUGCAGGUACGCGGCUCAAAGAUUGA